AUAAGAAAUCAUCUGUUCCGUAAUUUGACGCAAUCGGUCGAACGAUGUCAAAGUGUUAACAAGUACUUAACAUAAAAAAAAGAGAAAUUUAAGAAUUAAAAAAAUUUUGUGUAAAAAAAAUCUUUAAAAAAAAAGUAAAAAAAAUGAAUUUAUCGUUUGCUGGAUGCGGAUUUCUCGGAGUUUAUCAUGUUGGAGCUGCAGUUUGUUUCAGAACACAUGCCCCUCAUUUGUUGCGUGGCAAAAUAACGGGAGCUUCUGCCGGAGCCUUGACUGCUGUUUGUCUACUUUGUGAUUUGUCGAUAGCUGAACUCACAUCCGCAUAUUUUCAUCUUGUCAACGGAGCAAAUCCCUACACUUUUGGUUUGUUCAAUCCAUUGUUUGACCUUCAAAAGUGCAUCAAAGAAGGCUUGCAAAAAUUCCUUCCGGAAGAUGCGCACGAACGAUGCACGGGAAAGCUUCACAUCUCCCUUACACGUGUUUAUGACGGCAAAAACGUGAUUGUUUCGCAGUACAAUUCGCGAGACGAACUGAUAAACGCGCUGCUUUGUGCAUGUUUCAUUCCCAUGAUUUCGGGAGUUUUGCCUCCGCGAUUUUAUGGCGUUCGAUAUAUGGAUAGCGGAUUUUCGGAUAAUUUGCCGACACUUGACGAGCAUACGGUAACUGUGAGUCCCUUUUGCGGCGAAAGUGAUAUUUGCCCGCGGGAUGAUAGUUGGAAAAUGUUUCAUUUGAAUUGGACAAACACAAGUAUUGAGAUCUCGAAGAAGAAUUUCAGCAGAUUUCGGGGAAUGUUUUUCGCGCCUGAACAGGAUGUGAUGAUGAAAAUGUGUCAAUCUGGGUUUGAUGAUGCUUUGUGUUUCCUUCAACGAAAUAUUUUGAUUAAUUGUGAACGUUGUUUAACGAUAUCUUAUGCAAAUGAUGAUAAUUUUAUGUCUCAACAUACUGAAGAUGAUCCCGAAUGUGAAAAAUGCAUCGAAAAACGAAAUGAAGCAAAAGAAGGAUUCAUGCCAGAAUCCGUAUUAAAUGUAUUUGAAACAAAUUUCCGCAUGCUCUCUCAGAAAAGUUACUUGUUGUCAUCUUGUACGCCCGAAAAUUUGUGGAAAAAUCUCCAACGAUUGUCUCCAUGGUUUAUUGCUUGAUGUUAUUUUAUCCUUACUUACAUGUAAAAAUAAGAAAAAAAAAAUAAUUGUCAAUGUAAAAAUAUUUAAAAAAUAUAAAUAUAAAAAGUAGAACGAA